GCCAGGCCUUCAGUGUCUUCAUUGACCAACGCGUGCGACAUUUUAUCAGCCUUUAUCUAAGCCUCCAGCCAGCCAGCCAGCCAGCCAAACACAUACAUCUCGUGUCUACGGGGUCGCGAUGAUCCCGGGGAAAUCCGUCAACCGGGGUUGUGUGGUCGUGUAGUAGUUGCCAGCGCCGCCCCAAUAUCACCAAAGUGCUUCGCGCCGUAUCAUCUUUCAUGCAUCAACAGCAUCGUUGCUGGCGGAAAAAUGACCGGUCCCGGGAAGCCGUGAUACGGCGCGCGGUUCAGUUUGUUGCAAUGAUCGACACCGAUCGGAUCGAGGCGAUCAUGGAUUUGGGCAGCUUCGCACAAUCGUCGGACGAUUUCCUGGCCAACGGAUUCUACCAUCUGUACACCGAGCUGCAGGACGAUCGAGACAUUGCGUUGGCCCUAGCGGAACUAACGUGCCCCACGACCCAAACCUCGGAGCUCGAAGAAGAUACAGUGCAUCCUUGUCCAGCAACAACCGAUCUACCGUCGUUAAACUCACUCGAACUUCUGCCUACGCCCAAUGGCGGCGAAGUGGAUGGGCUGGAGCUGGAGCUGAACGUAGAAGAUUUCAUUCUCGAGUACAAUUGCGUAAAUUUUAGUCAACUGUGGGAAAACGAGCUACGACUGCCGGAAAACACUUACCUCUGUGAUGAUUCCUGUGAAGCGUUUAUCCGACAAUCGGAUCCACAUGAAGAUAAAGCGGCACCCGCAACGGGUGAAAUCACGCAAUCGGAGGACUUGUCCCAAACGCUACCUGCGGCCGUGUCGUCCAGCGUACAGCAACCGUGUGAAGCCGAACCCGACUCGACCGGGACGUUCGUUUGUCCGUUUGAAAGUUGCCGCAAAGUGUACGCCAAACCGGUGCAUUUGAAAGCCCAUCUCCGCCGGCACGUAGGUGAUAAGCCGUAUCACUGCAAAUGGCCAGGAUGUCAGUGGCGGUUUUCGCGGUCGGACGAACUGUCGCGUCACUUCCGGUCCCAUUCGGGUGUGAAACCGUACCGGUGUGAGUACUGCCCAAAGUGUUUCUCCCGAUCGGACCAUUUAGCCAAGCACCGGAAAGUCCACGAGCGUAAGAUGAGCGUGGGCACGGCGGGGAAGUUGAAGAGUGGUGUCGGUGCGUUCGUUGGAGUAGCGCCGGCAAGAGGACGACCAGGCCGGAAACCGAAACAGGCCUCAGUGAAACGAUCGUGAUCGUGAGCAAUGUACGGGUGAUUUAAUAAAGCCAGGUCAAAUGGGCCCUUUUUGCAACAAAGAUGUUAACGUUUCAGUCUGGCUUUCUUUGUUCAAAUUGUUCCGAAAGUUGUGAACAUCUUCUUCUUCUUCUUCUUUGGCACAACAACCGCUGACGGUCAAGGCCUGCCUGUACCCACUAGUGAAGUGAGCUUGGCUUUCAGUGACUUAUUGUUACCAUAGCAGAAUAAUGGGGCACGGGCUAUUCGGGGCUUGAACCCAUGACGUGCAUGUUGUUAAGUCGUACGAGUUGAUAACUGUUGUGAACGGCCAAGUUGUGAACAUCAGAAAAAAAAAACAAAAUGCUAAUCUUAAUUAUUGUUAGCAUUUGGCCAUCAAUCGCAUUGAGUCAGUUCUUAAAUGAAAACGUCUCAUCUUGAGCGUUACUUUUAAUUUCAUACUUAGUUCGCCUAUUCUUAUG